AUGUUUCGCCUGCUGCUUUGUGUAGCACUCUUAUUUCAGCAUGCCUUAGCGCUGCAAGAAACGAUCGACCUUGGAUAUGCAAAGUACCGCGGAAAAGAUCUCGGCAAUGGUGUCAUACGCUGGGCUGGUAUGCGAUAUGCACGCAAUCCAUCGCGUGUAGAGGGACUGCGAUUUACCGCACCUCAAGAUCCCAAAGAUGAGUCCGGUGUUGUCAACGCUACAAAAUUCGGACCCCUAUGUAUUGGCACCAAGAGACCACUGAAAGCUGAAUUUGGGGGAACCAACUCAGAAGAUUGCCUAUUUAUCAACGUUUUCGCGCCAGAGAGAGCCACAAACAAGAGCAAGUUGCCGGUCUACGUCUUCAUUCAGGGAGGUGGCUUCAAUCUCAACGGCAAUGCAAACUACAACGGUGCGGACUUGAUUGAUGCUGGCGACGACGGCAUGGUUGUGGUGAACUUCAACUACCGAGUAGGCCCUUAUGGGUUCCUAGCUGGACGUGAGAUUAUUGCGAAUUCGAGUCUGAGUCUAAACAAUGGGCUGAAAGAUCAGAGAAAAGCACUCGAAUGGGUACAAAAACAUAUCCAACAGUUUGGAGGCGACCCGAAACAUGUUACCAUUGGAGGAGCAAGCGCUGGUGGAGGCUCUGUUGUUUUCCAACUUACCGCAUAUGGUGGACGAGAUGACGGUCUCUUCCACGCUGCCGCUGCCGAAUCACCUGCCUUUCCAUCGCUACGAGACGUAGGAGACAGCCAAUGGCAAUUCGACGAGCUACUCAAACAGACGGGAUGCGCCGAUCUCAACUGCAUGGCAAGUCUCGAUGCGGUCACUUUUCAAGAUGCUGUCAGUACAUUGAAGAUGCCAUUCCCAGGCGGCAAGAAUCCACCGCUUUACUUCUGGAAUCCGACCCUGGACUACGAUUUCGUGCAAGACUACACUUUUAAUGAGUUGAAGGCUGGUCAUUUCGUCAACGUGCCCACUAUCUUUGGCAGUGCCACGCAUGAUGGCAUCAAUUUCGUUCAGAAGAGCAUCAUGUCCCAAUCUCGGUCUCAGGAUUUCCUCACCGACCAGUACCCCGCCUUGAACUGGGAUACAAUCCGUCAAGUUUGGGGAGGUAACAUUGCGACGACUGCUGACGCCCGCUGGAGAUCACUGACCGCUGAUGUCUAUGGGUACAUCCGAUAUACCUGCCCUGCUCUUAAUGUCACCGAUACUUACGCCAUCAACAACACGAACCCAACCUGGCAAUACCGGUGGAACGUGGGAAGUGCGUCGCAUGUCGGAGAAUUGCUACCAAUCUGGAACAAUGCUACUUCGGCCGCUGGCGUUUUCGUGCAGGCAUACUGGGCGUCCUUCAUCCGAAGCUUUGACCCCAACACACACGCUGCAGAAUAUUUAGUCUCCAAAGGCUCAGAGCUUCAGAGUCCGGACUGGCACUCCUUUAGCGCAAGUAACGGACAAAGGCUGAGCUUCAACGACGACAAUAACGUGACCAUGGAGGCAGUUCCCGAGCUGGAGUGGCAGAGGUGUGAUGCCAUCGAUGACAUGGGUCUACAUAUGAAGCAGGACCAUCUGCUGCGUGCAAUGUCAUCGCUACGCAAGAAGGAUGUAAGUCAUGGUGAGGUCCGUGAUAACCAUUGGCCGCCUAUCGUAGGCACUGGGGAUGCGACUUCAUCAUCCUACUUUACGGUGAAGCAGCGGGAGUCAUGUGUCCUCCCGGACUCAAGGGUCACAGAUGGCCAUACGUCGAACAAUCUAGCUGCAAAUUUGUGGGAGCCUUUUGGUCAGCCAGUCGCAUUGCCAAUACAGGACACUCCUUCAUCACCUUUCACCAUCCCCAUACGAGAGCCUUUCGGCCCACACGGUUCCCGCCCAUUGACGUCUUUUGGUGCUAACAAAGCAGCUGGCCGUACUGCAAAUUCUGCAUCGCAAACUCAGCACCAAUCCUUCGGAUUGAACGUAUACCAUCGCUCAAGUCCUUCCAUGUCAGUCCUUUCGUGCGAGCAACCCCGACAACAGUCGCGCUACUACGCCCAAGCACUGUCCGCAGAAGACAGACUAGCGCUUGCACAGGGCAAAGAGGACGACAGCCUUCAAGAUUGGUUGGGCGAGAGCGCCGAUACUCGUCAUGAUAGGCCCGGAGACUUGGUUCCACGGGUGAUGCCAAAUGUGGAGAGAACCAAUGCACUUACGACUAUGGGGAAUGAUAAGCAGUACAGCCAGCGCGCUUUGUCAAAGCUGACAAAGAAGGUGCGUAAUUUUUUGGGCCUAUCUCAAGCUCAAACCAGGAUUGCUUCAAUUGACGCCAAAAAGGAUGAAGAGUCUGCUUACUCAGAGACCCGGCGCGCCUCCUGUCAGUCGACUUACAAUUUUUGCUCUUCUGCCCUAUUGCCUUCAGAACCAUCUCCACUACCCGAGUCAAAAUCCACACCAUCAUUUCAGGAGUUUGUGAACAACGUGCCUCGCUAUCACGGCUCACAUAUCCUCUUCUCUGAUAAGCUGUACUGUUUGCGAGAUGUUGUUCAAUCGUUUACCCACGACUGCACAAUGUCAAGGACAGAGCCAACGAAACGUGGUCGGAAUCCAUCCUUCAAACGCCUUUUUCCUCGUAACGACACGUACCCAAUUUCACGAGCGAAUUCUGUAGGUUUAGAAAACCACAAUGUACCCGUGAGGAAGACACUAACACAAUGGAAGCUACAGUCAACGAUACAUGCCAGCUCUGCAGAAUCGCCUCUCACCUCCCUAAUCAAGGAUCCAAGAAGGCAUGAGUGGCAGGUUCUCAGUCUAUCAAGCACCCUCGAGAAAGAGCGUGCAGAUCACAAGAAGCAUUUCGAUGACCUCAAAGCAGCUUAUGCAAAGGACAUCGCGAUCGUCAACGAGAACCACGCUCGGCAGCUCAUGGAGAUCAACAUGAAACACAAAGAAGAUAUCACACGCGUCAAGAUGUGGUGUGAGAUGAAUCAACCGAGGCCAAAUGAGCUAGCCCGGAUUCUCGAAAGGCAGCGAAGCGACUCUGCCACCAUGAGUCCGCCCCGGCAAUAUGGAGUGACUGUCAAGAGGGAAGAACACGGAGAACAUGAUGUGCACGUAAAGCAGGAAGAACAUCCCGGGAAACCCGCUCUGACUCUUGCUCUAAAGGCUGAGCCUGCCAAUCAUGCCAUUAUUGUUCCUCAGGAAGCAAAGAGGAAGAGGAAGAGGAAGAAAAAGAAGGCUCUAAAUUCAGCUCACCGUAGCCCCGCUGGCGGUUCCUUGACAAAAGAACAGAAACGUGCGCUACAUGUCACCAACCUCGAAAAGAAAAUGGCCAGACUUCGUCAAGAGCUUCUGAGGAAAGUACCUCUGGAGAAGAUUGGAACCAACAAAAAGAAGGCCGACACAAGCACAAGUUUGAGAAUGGAGAUCUUCCAGCUAGAGAAACAACUGAAAGAUGCACAAAGGGAUGGCGAGAAUGCUAGACGCGAUCUACGAGCGUACAAGAACAGCAUAGCGCGCGAGAAAGAACAGUUUGAAGCCGCUUUGAACGAGAAAUUUGAGGAGGUGAAGACAGAUAACGGCAUGCAGGUCGGCAAGCUUGAGAACAAACUCGGACAAGAGAAGGCAAAGACCGAAGAGGCGCACAGGCUUCUACGCGAAAGCGUGAAGUUGGUAGCACAUAUGACAAGCCUGUUGAAAGGUCAAGGUGGAUCGGUACACUGA